AUUACCGGAUGGGUGGCGGAGUCCAUAUUAAACCAACCGGAAAUCAAGAAGCGAUGUUCCUUGAUAAAACAUUUCGUUGCGGUGGCCGAGAAAUGCCGAGUCCUGAACAAUUUCAACUCCUUGACAGCCAUAAUUUCGGGGUUAAACUCGGCACCAAUUCAUAGGUUGAAACGAACAUGGGAGAUGGUAAGCGCAUUUGACAUGAUGACGAGUAUGAUUGACAUUUCGGAAUCUCACGGUGAUGUGACAAUCGAUAAUUUCACGAUUGCAGGUGUAUACUUGACCGAUCUGACUUUCAUUGAAGACGGUAAUCCCAACAUAAUCAAGAAAUCACGACAGCUCAUCAAUUUUUCGAAGCGAAUGAAAACUGCCGAGGUCAUCCGAGAGAUACAACAAUAUCAAUCCAUACCAUAUUCAUUGACUCCCGUUCAAGACAUUAUAAUAUUUAUUCAAUCACACUUGCAAGAUAGUAAAGACGUGGCAGACUUAUAUUCACAAAGUUUAAGCAUGGAACCAAGGUAG